AUGAGGUGGGAAAAGAUUGAGGUUAAGGCGAUAGGAAAAGAGGGUGAAGGUGGAGAAGUCGUGUCUGGGCCAGGCAAAAGGUGGGGUCACACCUGUAACUCCAUUAAUGGUGGUAGACACAUCUAUGUCUUUGGUGGUUAUGGCAAAGAUAACUGCCAAACUAAUCAAGUUCAUGUCUUUGACACUGUGAACCAGACAUGGAGCCAACCUGAAAUAAAAGGCUCCCCACCUACUCCUAGGGACAGUCACACUUGCAGUGUUAUUGGUCAUAAACUGUUUGUGUUUGGGGGUACUGAUGGAAUCAAUCCACUCAAGGAUUUGCAUAUUUUAGACACCUCUUUGCAAACAUGGGAUUCUCCGAUUAUAAGAGGGCAAGGACCAGAGGCACGCGAGGGUCAUAGCGCAGCUGUUGUUGGGAAACGGCUUUACAUCUUUGGUGGUUGUGGAAAAUCUUCUGAUAAUAACAAUGAGGUUUACUACAAUGAUCUUUACAUACUGAAUACAGAGACGCUUGUUUGGAUGCGCCCUACAACAUCAGGCACACCACCAUCUCCUCGUGAUAGCCACACAUGCUCAUCGUGGAAGAACAAAAUUAUUGUGGUAGGGGGUGAAGAUGGGCAUGAUUAUUAUUUGUCUGAUGUCCAUAUCCUUGACACUGAUACUCUAAUGUGGAGGGAGCUGAGUACAUCAGGCCAAUUGUUACCACCUCGGGCUGGUCAUUCCACAGUUUCUUUUGGCAAGAAUUUGUUUGUUUUCGGUGGAUUUACAGACGCCCAAAAUCUAUACAAUGACCUUUAUAUUCUUGAUAUUGAUGCUGGUAUUUGGACAAACGUUACAACUACAACCAAUUGUCCUUCUGCUAGAUUUUCUGUAGCUGGUGACUGUUUAGACCCAUUUAAGGGUGGUGUUCUUGUGUUCAUCGGCGGUUGUAAUAAAAGUCUCGAAGCCUUGGAUGACAUGUAUUACCUAUAUACAGGUAUUGCUAGGGAAAGUGAUCAGAGACUAGAGAAGUUAUCUAUGAAGAAGCAAUUGAAGCUGAAAUGCCAAGAAGAACAAAAUCUCAUUCCUGGCCAAAAUCAGGUUAUGGUUGGAUAUGGAGUGGGUGCUGAUAUUGGCCAGGUCGCGAGUGUGUUGAAUUAUAGCCAGCCAAAUAGAACAAAUAUCCCAGUAAAUCAAUUGCUGCCUUCUCAUGGAAAGAAAUCAUUUGAAGCCAAGGUUACUGAAAACAUCUCAGAAGGAUAUACUAUUGAAACUGUUAUUGAUGGAAAGCCUCUUCGUGGAAUUCUGUUUUUAAACAAACAAAACCCUCUUCACCCAUCUGCUCAUGCUCUUAGUAGCAGGAAAAGGACUGCUGGUGAAAUUGAUGGUGUCAUCUCAAAUGGUACACAUUCAAAUAUAUUGAAGACCCCUAAAGUGCUUAAGCAAAGUCAAAUGGAAAAUCGACAUCCAGAAUCUCUCUGUCACAGUUCUGAUGCUGUCGUUGCACUUGCAGCAAGCAAUCCAAUAACUGCCAAUCCAUCUGUUAACCAUAAGGUUGAACCAGAAGCUCCUUCUUUGAAUCAAAAUGCUGAAAAAAUUGAAACACCAACCUCUGGGGAAAACUUGAAAAAUGAUAGAGCAAAUCAUGUGAUAAAUCCCAGAGUUGAAGCCCAAAUAAAUGUGGUGAUUCCUAACUUAGAAGCUUUAAGUCAUGAUAAAAAUAACGACGCACCAAACUGCAUCACAGAAUUUCUGAAACCUGCCACAGCUGAGAGUACUGUGAAUUUCACAAAUCAAGGUGCAGUGGUGGAUUCUACAACUUCAAGAACAGGAGAAUGCAGCGAACCAACAAAAUGA